UGCGAGCACCGCCCGCCUCAGGCUCAGGUUGUGGAGCUGCGCAUGCGCGAGCUCUGCCCCUUGUGGCGGGCGGAGGGCGGCAGGGCCAUGCUGCUCCGUUCCGUCAUGGCGUGUGCGGCGCCGGGCAGCGCUGGCGGCAGCUCGUUUUCGGACCGGCACGCCCGAAUCCUGCUGGCACAGAUCAACCGGCUCCGCGUCGGGCAGAGCUUCUGCGACGUGCGGCUGGAGGUGGGCCGAGAGGCGUUCAACGCGCACCGCCUGGUGCUGGCGGCCAGCAGCCCGUACUUUGUGGCGCUGUUCGCGGGCGGCAUGAAGGAAUCGGGCCGGGACGUGGUGCGGAUCGCGGGCGUCGAGGCGGACAUCUUCCACAUCCUGCUGGAUUUCAUCUACACGGGCGUGGUGAGCAUCAGCGAGCACAACGUGCAGGAGCUGAUCGUCGCCGCGGACAUGCUGCAGCUCAGCGAGGUGGUGGAGCUGUGCUGCGAGUUCCUGAAGGGCCAGAUCGACCCACUGAACUGCAUCGGCUUCUUCCAGUUCUCCGAGCAGAUCGCCUGCCACGACCUGCUGGAGUUCACCGAGAGCUACAUCCACGCGCACUUCCUGGAGGUGCAGGCUGGGGAGGAGUUCCUGGCACUGACCAAGGAGCAGCUGGUGAAGAUCUUGCGGAGCGAGGACCUGAGCAUUGAAGACGAGUACCAGGUGUUCCUGGCUGCUAUGCAAUGGAUCCUGAAGGAUCUGGGAAAAAGAAGGAAGUACGUAGUGGAAGUGCUGGAGCCUGUGCGAUUCCCUCUGCUGCCAGCACAAAGACUCUUAAAGUACAUAGAAGGUAUUCCAGAUUUCAGCCUUCGGGUGGCCCUGCAAACUCUGUUGAAAGAAUACUGUGAAGUCUGUAAAUCUCCCAAAGAAAACAAGGUCAGCAGUUUUCUGCAAGCUUCUAAAGGUCGCCCACGGAGGAAAGCCAGGAAGUACCUUUAUGCAGUAGGAGGGUACACCCGACUACAAGGAGGACGUUGGAGUGACAGCAGAGCCCUCAGCUGCGUGGAGCGAUUUGACACUUUCAGCCACUAUUGGACUACGGUGUCUUCCCUCCACCAGGCCCGUAGUGGGCUUGGGGUGGCUGUUGUUGGAGGAAUGGUCUAUGCCAUUGGAGGUGAGAAGGACUCAAUGAUUUUUGACUGUACUGAAUGUUAUGAUCCUGUCAGUAAGCAGUGGACUAUUGUGGCUUCCAUGAACCAUCCUCGUUGUGGACUGGGAGUGUGUACGUGCUAUGGGGCUAUCUAUGCUUUAGGAGGUUGGGUCGGAGCAGAGAUUGGUAACACAAUUGAAAGAUUUGAUCCUGAAGAGAAUAGUUGGGAUGUGGUGGGAAGCAUGGCUGUACCCCGUUAUUACUUUGGAUGUUGUGAAAUACAAGGUCUGAUUUAUGUUGUUGGUGGUAUCAGCCAUGAGGGCGUAGAGCUGCGUUCUGUUGAAGUUUAUGACCCGAUAUCUAAACGUUGGUCUGAGCUUCCUCCCAUGGGCACCCGGCGAGCGUACCUUGGUGUAGCUGCUCUAAACGAUUGUAUCUAUGCUGUCGGAGGCUGGAACGAAUCUCAAGAUGCACUUGCUACUGUAGAAAGAUACUCCUUUGAAGAGGAAAAGUGGGUUGAAGUUGCACCAAUGAAGAUGCCAAGAGCUGGUGUCUGUGUUGUGACUGUGAAUGGAUUUCUUUAUGCCUCGGGAGGCCGUGCUCCCAGUCAUGACUUUGCUGCUCCGGUAACCUCUGACUGUGUUGAAGUUUAUAACCCUCACAUGGACAGUUGGACUGAAAUUGCUAACAUGAUUACCAGCCGCUGUGACGGAGGUGUAGCUGUACUGUAAAAUGCAUGGAAGAAAACUCAUAUAAGGAAUGACUGAACAUCUGUCUCCUCAGGUUUCUGGCUUCAUUGGCCAGAAACCUCUUCUGUCAGCUGACACUGCAGUAGAGACAGGGGGAUUAGAUCAGAGGGCUCUUCCUAAACAAAAGGAAAUAUUAAAACUUCCCCAUCAAAGUAAACAGGCUUAUCCCAGAUUAGGAAUACCUCUUAUGACUGGAUUAAGAUUUAUUAAGUGGCAAAUCUACCUGGAAUAAUCUGAAGAAAUGAUUCCAGCACACUAGAGACAUCAGACCUCAGUCAGUAUCUUUAGCUGACCCUACAGCCUGGAGGAAGGCCGCUAUGGGUGGUUAGGAGUUCCCUGCUGAUAAAAGCAGGCUGGCUACUUGACUACCAUUAGUUGUCCUUUGCUGAUAGAAAACAAGAAAGAAGAGAUGGGAGAGACUCGGUGCCUCCACUUAGGACCUAGAUGCAUUUGGGCCUCUGCUGCUGCAGGGCAUGGGCACUAAAUAUCAAUCAGACGUUUACUUCCCUGCCACCCCUGACUUUGAUGGUAAGUAGCUGAGGACUUCCUGUUGUGGACAGUUAUUCUUGCAGUUCUAAUAAUGUCAUUCCGCUUCAGCACAGGCUUUUUAUAAUCAGUGGAGUCAGCGAUGACAAUAGAACUCCUUUUCUGUAUGUUUAUGAUUAUUCUAAGUGGAAAUGGCACUUGUUAGAUUAGUUACUUUUGCAGUCAGGAUGGCUCUUAAACUGAAAACCUAAGGAAAACCUUUUGCCCUUUUUUUUUUUUUUCCUUUGUUAACUGUAUUUUAUGCUGUGUGACAUGCUGUGACUUGGCAUUGAAUACAUGCUCACAUACAAGGUUCAUCCUUGCUACAUCUUAUACCUUGCUUCUUCUUCGAAAUUAGAGUGGACAAAGCCUUUUGUAGUAGUAAUAGCUGCAUUCAGCAUUCAACUAAUGCUAAUAGUGUGUCUUUCCCUAAAGAAUUCAUAUUUAGCUUGGAUAUACUUAAAAUACUUGCAGGAGUUUGGAGUUAUUUCUAGCUUCAUCUAAUUAACAUUGUACUUGAAGUUGCUUUUUGCACACUACAAUUGCAUUGUCUGCACAGCCACGGAUGACUCAGAUAAGAGUCUGAAACAAAGCUGCUUGAACUCGAGAGACAGUGUUGCCCUACAACAUAAAAUUGUAACUGGAACAUCAGGGAACAGGAAGCCUGCGUUAUGGAGACAAAGGGGCAACUAUACCAAGUCAGCAUCUCUUUUAUACAGUUAACAAAUUAAUGUAUGGGUAAAAGCCCCCAGAGUCAGUGUUGCAGGUACAUUAAGAAUCCAGAUUUCUGCAUUCUAACACAGGACUGAGAUGGCCAGAUUAAAAUGAGCUAGAUGAUGGAGCAUUUCUUUUCUCUGAUCACUCAAUCAUUGUAUGUUUUACUUGGAAAAUGAUUUCUUAUGUGUAAUUGUUGUUCUUCAAGUCUGCAUUUGUUUUAAGCAGUUUUUUUGUAAUAAAAUACGUUUUCAUAACUGAA